AUGGUGGAAGCAGCUAUUGGUCAGGUGCUUGAAUCUGGCGUUUUCGCUUGCAAAGAGUCGGGGGAGCGUUUUAUAAAGGUUCGCACUAUCAUCGACUUUGCCAACCCUCUUCGAUCUCAACUAAUGGCGACUAGCGACGAUACUGGCUGUUUUUGGGUGAACUUGAAAUAUGAGUAUCUCCCUAGCUUCUGUUAUCACUGCGGUCGAGUGGGCCAUGCCCGACGUGACUGCACGUUUGCCCCGCCCAAUAGGAAGGAGCGCUUCGGCCCGCAUAUGUCGAUGAAAAAGUUUGGUCGGAAGAUCUAUAAGGAAGAAGACGAAUCCAUGAGAAACAGGGGCCCGCGGCAGACGGUCUGGGUCAAUCGACAGAUCAAUGGUCCAGCGAAGAAUGAUCGUACAUAUGUUCGUAGCCGUGAGGCAGAGCGGCAAGGGGCGGUGAAGAAGGCGGAGUUCACUUCUCAGCUGGAUAGGGAAGCAGCCAAUCCGCCAAAUAACCCGACCGGGAUCCAGGAGCCGAGUAAAAUCACAAUCAAGAAGUCAAGCCCGAGAGGCUUUGCCAUUAACAAACCAGCUCGGAUCCAGAUUGGGGGGAAGAAGAUUGAACCGCCAAGGCAAGAAAACCCAAAUGCUGGGCUUCAACAGAAUCCAGUGGGGGAAGAGGCGUCGGGCCCGGUGCUAGGCCCAACAAGUAAUUGCAGGCCCAAUCAGGUUGAGAUCGAGGCCCACCCUUUGCAGCAUCUGGCUGUGGGGGAAGUGGGGGUGGGUCAGGGAGGCUGUCCAGCGGCGGUUACUGGGCUUAAGAAGGAAACUGGUGCGGGCCUUCCUAUGCAGCGCUCAGGUCACCAUUUGCAAAAGCUGGCCCAUCCCGUGAAGAAAGAGAAUAGGCGAAAGGCCCAGGCCACUGUUGGGGAAUCCUCCAAGCGGACAGGCGACAGUAAGAGAGGGAGCAAAGCUGGGCCGGAGCAGGCUAAGCCCGUGGGAUGUUCGGGCCUGGAUGGGGAGGCCCCGGCCUCGGUCCCUAGCACUGAAGCAGUGAAGGCCCUUGUGUCGGCAGACUCAGAAUCUGAGGAGGAAGUCCAAUGCUUUGAAAUUAAAAAGAGGCUUCCCGCUCACCCAAAAGAACUAAUUAAUACCCCAAGGGGGCAUGUUAGCCAGAUGGUGGCCGCGUUUGAAGCUGGACUUGCCAUUAAUUCUGGGGCUCAAACCAUCCUGCAGGAGCGAAUGAAUAAUGAUAGUCCGACUCGGACAGAACAAAGCAUGAUUCAAGAGGCUGACUCUAAGCUGGAUGAAUAUGGGUCGAAUUUAAUGAACCCAGAUAUUGGGACGCGAAAACGCCCUUUGGAAGCGGUUGAGGGUGGAGGAGCCAGCCUAAAAUGGCCCCAGUCCGAUAAAUGA